AUGGGAGAUUGCUCCGAGAGACGCAACGCCCAGUUCCUCCGCUACAUCCUCAUCGACAAACCCCAGCUCGCCCAAAUGGUAAAGGUCAUCGUUAUGGGCAACGCCCGAUCAAGAAAGGGACUCGGAGAGCUUCCUGCUGGUGCCGCCACUGUAAGCACACCCCAGGAGCUCGACAUCUAUGAGCAACGUAUCCGGGAUGUGAUGCUGCCAGCCUCUCAGUACACCGAGUUCGUAAGGCGGCGCGAUGCAUUGAUUGUCGAUCUCAGACGGGGAUUCGCCGAGGCGCAGCUCUCGCUGAUCCUGCUCUUCUGCCGGCGAGUCCGCACGCUCUGCUUCGAGCAGAAGGACGAAGUGUUCAACCUGCCCACGGUGAUGGAGUUCGGAGCCUACGUGCACACAUUGCACUACGCCGACCUGCAGCCAGGUCCGCUCUGCAACAUCGAGGAGGUGUACUGUGAGCCCACCUUUAUGAGGAGCGGCAAGACCCUAUGGCAAUGGGCCCAACAGCUCGUAAAUCUCCCGCGGCUCCGGGUUUACGAAGCCAUCCUCGGCGACUGUUCACGAGUCGGCGGACCCUUCCAUACUGUGCUCCCGAGGUCCGCGCCGGUGCGGGAGAUUGUCCUGAACCAUUCAAACGUCCGCGCGGAGAUGCUCGACCGAAUCUUCCGAACCUGCAGAGCUGUCGAGAAGUUCGAGCUUUCACAGUUCACCCACACUGACAGGUGCGGGUCCGUCUGUGUCUGCGAAAGGUUCGUGUCAGGCCCUAAGGCCGCACUAUACAGCGUCCUGGAGGCCAGGCAGGUGCUGGACGCAAUUCUGCCUCACGGCAAUACCCUCACUCACCUGCGCGUGGUCCUGCACGACUAUCGAAGCAAGUCGCCGCAGCCGAACCCCAAUCGGCUGGUGCACAUGGGCACGCGGCUCCGGGAUAUGACUGCUCUGCAGACGCUCGAGAUAGAGAUGGAGUCUCUGACUGCGAAUCACAAGACCCCUAUGCCGGAUGACUGUCCGAGACUUGUGGACUGCCUGCCGCGCAGCUUGGUGAAUCUGCAGAUCCAAAGCUGCAAUGCGCUCUCCGUCGAACCGGCGGCCGAGCUGCUCGGGGAGGUUGAGAGAGGCGACACCUUCACCCAGCUCCGCCAGAUCCGGCUUCUCUUCGAUCUCGACACGGACAUCGCGAAAGACAUUGACCUCGUCCUCAAUUCGCCGGAUACGACAUUGGCUGUUCUGUUUCAGUCGCGUGAAGACCAACUCCGCGACAUGGGCGCUCCGGUGAACACCAGAACUCGGAAAACUGCCUCUGCUUCCUCCCGGGUGUACGCAGAGGACAUGCGUGAUAGGUGGCUUGCAUUGAGAGGGACUGGUGCGCACAGGGACUCUACCUCUUGGGAUCCAAACAAGCUCAUUUCCCCGCCGAAACUGAUUUCCAGGUAUAGGGACGAUGAGGUUGAGUACUUAAUGUGA